CAGAUGGUGAAUGCAGAGAGCACCAUUUUGCAAAUAGAGGCUCUGUCUGAAAGCAUCAACAACCUCACAUACCUGCUGAGCCGGGACCAGCCGUGGAAGGAGCUGAGGUGGUCUCAGCAUGACCCCGCCACAGAGACCUGCAGAGUGGGAAUCAAACCUGCGGCGUGGAGCCGGCUCACUUCCUGUAACCUCUGUCACCUCAUGUAACGCCAUCACAGUUGUCCUCCUCCUACAACGCUGUUAUUGCAAGGCAGGGGUCGGGAGACCAGAACUGGGAGCAGACUUGGACCAGCAGGCACACCCAGACCCAUCCUGUUCAUCAGGGAGACCUCCAUCUGACCUCCUGCAGCUUAUCGACAUGGGUCAGAAGGUCAGCAUCGAUUCUAACCCCUUCAGGAACUUGUUCCCUUUUAAAUCCAGCCCCCCCAAACAGCCCCCCUCCAAUAAAAACCAAGAUCUCUCAGCCAAGCUGACGGCGCCCCCCAAAGACUUCCUGUCUCUCGUCAGCAGCUGCAUCUCUGCUGCGUCCACCAGAACCCAGGAGUACCUGGUCUUCAAAGACCCGGAGGAACGGUUCCACCCGAGUCCUCAGGUGUUGACUCAGGUCUUCCUGAUGACCUACAUGUCCCAGAGCUUCAGCCUCAACCUGACCGACGCCUUCAACUGCACCCUCAUGACCCCGGAGCAGCGCGUCCUCCUGGGGGCCGACUGGGUGUGGGCCGUGCUGGAGAAGCCCACCAAGAACCCGAAGAUCCAGAUAGCCGUGCGGGUGGUCCACCUGCCCGGCAGGGAGACCCAGGCGGAGGAGGAGGGCGCGGCGGACGAGGCCAAGUCCGAAUCCGUCAAGAUGGCCCGGGUGGAGUCCAGCAAGAACGGCUACGAGAGGCUGGUGGAGUUCUGCGCCUCCGUGGGCAGGGACUGCUACGCCCUCUUCCUGUUCUUUGGGAGAAGCCACGACGGGGGGAACAUCUACGGGGUCCUCAGCAACAACAUGGAGGUGGCCGUCGCCAAGUGCAAGCGGAUCGACAGAGCUUUGGUUGAGAACUUCUUCAAAGGUUCAAAGUCUUUCCAUAAAUCCUCAGACAUGAUGCGAUCGAUUAUUAACAACAAAAAAAGCGAGCCGCUCACUCUGAUUAUUAAAUUUAGCUGAUUUAGCUGUUUUAAUACUGCUUUACAACCAAAACAGGAGGUGUUACCAAGAUAAACAAACUACAUUUUUUAAUCGGUUAAAACUCGUUUUUGAUGUCAUUUCUUACAAAUUAAUCAAAUUUAGAUCUUUUUGUUGUUUUCGCAAACCUUUUGUGCAAUUUUCAGCUCAUUAAACUAUUUAUUGUUGCAGGCAAAAUAACAACCUUGUUGUUCUUGAGGUUAUUUUCAAGGUUUAACCAAAACAACUAAAAAAUCUUAGUUUUAAACUCUGGUGUUCAUUCAAGGAAUGUUUUCAUUUAAUCUUACAAAAAAAA